AAGUGUUUUGAUGGCAUACCAGCUGGUAAUAACUUAACACUGCAUGCAUGUGAAUUCGAAACCUUUUUUGAGAACUGUAUAUCUAAUUGUCCUGCUGUAAUAACUGGUAUUAAUAUUACUAAUGACUUUACAUCUUCAGUUCUAAUGUCAUCAGUUCAUUCAUCAUCAGUAUCACUCACAUCAAUAGUAUUGACUACCCCAUCAACGACGUCUGUAUCAUUGAUAAUAUCUACUUCGCCAGUAGUUCCAACUACUUCCACUUUUAUAGUUACAACUAGUUCAUCAGCUCCAACUACUUCAUCAUCUACUUCAAAUAUUUCCUCAAUGAUGUCUUUACAAACAAGAAUGUUGACUUCUUUUGAACCAACUUCAUCAAUAAUAUCUGAAUUUGAAACAUUUCCUUCAUCAGUUCUGACUGCUUCAACUACUUCAUCAGUGUCAACUACUUCAACAGUACAACAAGUUACAAGUAGCUCCAUCAUAAGCAGUACUACAGAUACUCCUACCAUCAGUAGUUCUACUUCUAUCCGUACCACUAGAUUAACUAGUACAUUAGUGACAGGUACUUCAACUGCUAUACCCCCAUCAGUUCUAAUACCUUCAUUCCUAACUUCUACAUCCAUUACUCUUUCAACCCUAACUUCAUUAUUCCCAACUUCUUUAUCUUCAUCUCUAUUGCGUUCAUCUACAACUUUACUUUUGUCUUCAUCUUCAUCUCAAACUUUGUCAUCUUCUUUUAUUACUUCUUCUUCAUCCUCAAUGUCUUCAUCAACAACUCUGCCACCUUUGUCAUCAUCUUCUUCGUCCAUAAUCUCUUCUUUAUCCCCAAUGCCUUUCUCCAUGACUCCACCUUUCUCCUCAUCUUCUUCAUCUUUAACUUUGUCAUCAGUAACUUCUAUAACUUCUUCAUCCCCAACUCCUUCAUUGACGGCUCCUUCAUCCAUAUCUUCUUCUUCAUCAAUUAUUGGACUGGCUUCUGGAAUAUCAAUUGCACUACUAAUUAUAAUAAUUGUUGUUAUAGUAAUUGUAGCGGUAGCAGCAACAGUUCGAUUUAAAAAGAGAAGAGGAAAAAUGGAAGUGACUACUAGUAAUGUUUAUUCCACUGGACCAAAUAUGAUUCCAUUAAAUGGUGUAGUGAGAGAUGAUCCUCCUCCUAAUACUCCUCCAGCAGUAGUUCCCCCACCUAUUACACAGAG